AAAUCUGUUGAAACGAUGGUGAGUAUGAGGCUGGCAUAGACUGACUUUAGAUGUCAGCCCCCAGGAUAUAAAAACCCGCUCCCGAGAGCUGAAACGCCAGUGGACAUCUUUCUUGCUCACUCUCAUCGUCCGCAUAUUUGCAUACACGCAUAUACAGACGAUUAUCUAUCUAUCACUAUGUCUUCCGACAACCAGUGUUAUGUUUGCCGUCCUUGCUUUCCUUCUCGCUCCUCCGCGUUCUCCACGCUCGUCCUCGUCCUUUCGACUCUCAAGGUUGUUAUCUUGAUCCUGCUCUACUUGUUCGUCAUCACCGCUGGGCUGGCAUUCGAUGUCUACAACUGCCUCUGCAACCCCCCGACUGUUGAGGAUCCCACUUCGGUCAUCAUGCUUCAGGCAGCGGAGGAGGCAGCUUUCCCCUCCAAGGCUGCUUCUAUGCCAGCCACAUGUACUUUAGUCUCCAUACCGUCACGCUUUCCAUCGUCUGCAUCGUCUCCGGCCGUCCUAGAAGCGUCUCUGGAUGGCCCCGGUCUCCUCCCUGAGCCUCGUUUGCAGUGGAGUAUCAGCUGUUCGGUUAUUAACCCAAGUCUACAUCAGACCCCGAUCGGCCCUCGUCACCACGUCCACGCACUGUUCUCCGAUGCGUGGAACGAGAAUGCCGCUCUUCUGAAGCAGCUCCUGCGCGUGCAGGACGCUCUUGACUCCGCGCACGCUGAAAUCGAUGAGUUUGUGGUCGAGAACGUGACUUUGGCUAACAACAUGGACCGACUUACGCGUGACCUGGAAAUCGAGCAGGUCCGUCGCGAUGAGGCUGACUCUAUGUGCCGGGAUGCCACUGCCAAGAUGUGCUCCCAAAGGUCUAUGUUAUCCUCUCUGCAAUCUGCGAAUACUGCGCUUCGUUUCGAGGUCGCGAAUCUGAGGGCCGAGCGCGACGAACUCACAGCAGAUAGGAAGGACUCAUCUGACUUGCAGACCGAACAUGAUGAAGAAGUCGAAGUGUUGCAAGGAACGCUCAUCCGGACAAAGAAGGAGUUGGAAGGAGCUAAGAAGGAGCUCCGGAAGUUGAAGAGGGCGGCUGCAGGUAUUCCAGAGCUGAAGAUCAUAUCUCCGGACGGGAAAGUCAUACUCCAUGGUAAUGCCUCGAGCACUACCGAUUCCUUAAGUGAGGACCAGAGUAUCGCAAUGAGGGAACGCCUCACGCUUGCGUAUACUGAGGUCGUAGGUCUCAGAGAUCAGUGUGCAGCUUUGCAUCGUCGUGCGGACGAAAACGCAGAGUUGCGGGAUGACAUCAAGCGGCUCCUCUCCCAACGCACACGCCUCUGGGAUCAGGUCGAAGCAGCCAACCGAGCCUCCAACAAGCUGGAGGACGAGAACAAGAAAUACUUCCGCCAGUAUGUGGAGAUGAGGGCGGAGCUGACUAAAGUGGAGAAGAGGAUUGGAAUCGCCAUCUCAGUCAUUCAAGAGGAAGCAGAAGAGCCCGAGGUUCCUCCAGCCGUAUCUAAAGUUUCCUCGGCUGCUCAGAGCUGUAAUUCGGUCUUUGAAGAUGACUCUGACGAUGAGUCUAUCGCUUCCUCGGCCUCCUGCUACUCGAUGGCAUCAACAGAUGACUUUGACUUAUCGCUGCCUUGCGAGGUCGAUACGCCGCAUACAUCAGUCCCAUCCUCACCACGCUCUCCUCCGCUCUCUCCUCCCCCUUCUCCCCCUUUCACGAUGCCCUCUUGGGUUCCGCGUUUCAACGCAGAAUGCACAUAUUUUGCAUUCGACGUUGAGCCGAACUCACCUCUCGCGGAUGCGAUUUCCGCAUAUCCCAGUAUCCAGUCUGAUGUCUGUCAGCGGCCAGUCAUUAAUCGUCGUGGUCUCGGUAUACCCAUCGCUCGUCCCUCCUGGCUAUCCGCCAGCUCCGUCGUUAUCCCUCUCGAGGAAUCAAUUGUGAAACGGAAGCUAGGUCUGGAUCAGGACGACGCGAUACCAAAGACUCGUCGUAAGCACGAAGACUCUUGAUGCAUCAAGUUUUCAGAGCUCGCGUUUCAGUUUCAGUGCGUCUCGUUUGCAGAGUUCUUCUUUCUCCUUCUUUCUCCCUUUUCCUUCUUUCCUUCUCUCCUUUUCUCCUUUUCCCCCUAUCCUUCUCUCCUUUCCUCUUUCUUUUCCUUCUUUCCUUCUUCCCUUUUUUCCCUAUCCUUCUUUUCCGUUUCAUGUCUGCGUCUCGGUU